UUUAUGUGGUUUACCUGGUAUUUUUAUGUACGAAAGUAUCGGAAUAAAAAUGAAAAUGACAUUUAUUUACGAAAAUCAUAGUCAACAUACUCUCUAAAUUCAAGUCAAGUUCAACUCUAAGUUCAAGAAUCGACAAACAUUACCUUAAGAAUUUUGACUCUUAAUGUAAUUUAUAUACAUACUUAAUUAAAGUAAGAUCUAAGUAAACCCCAAGUAUUAGAUAUUAUAGUACACUUAAAUAAAAAUGGAACAAACCACUAUUACAUUUACAACACUACCUGUUCAAUAACAGUAUACCAGAACGAGCAUUAUCCAUGCAGCCUAAAACUCAAUAAUAAUAAUGUGUUAUCCUCCAUAGAAACAUUUAAUAUUGCGCUUGCGAGUGUUUUAUUUUUCACAUAAAUGCUAUUGAUAUGUUUUUUGAAAUAGCUUUUUAUAAAUUUUAAAUCAAUAUAUUAAACUUUGUAGCUAAAGAAAAUGAAAAGGAAUAUUAAUUUUAACAAUGAACUCAAGCCAUUUUCUUGUAUUCAAUUAUAAUACCAUUUCUUUUGUUAUUCAUCGAAUUAUAACAUUAAUCUUGAAUCUAAUUGAUGCCUCUGGCUAUUAGCGAGUUGCAUAAAUGAGUUUUAUAGCAAAAGCAAGUAGGUGUAGGCAAUAUUUCUUAUCUAUGCUCUUGCGACAGUGUCUUCGUCUACUUUAUACUUUAAACUUGACUUACUCAUUUGACAUAGCGAAAUGUUAUCUGCUUUGUUGUUUUUUCAUUCAGUGUCCUAUUGUGUUGACAUAUUUUUUUAAUGUUAUGGCUUGUGUAUUUUGAUUAUGAGUAAUGUACAAUUUUAUAUAUUGGAUCGUUUGACUCGCAGAAUAAGCGGUGUGCCGAGUACUAGCAAAGAUAUGAAUCUGGCCGGUAUACCGAUGCCCCCUACCACGAUUCGUACAAAAAAACGAGCAGCGAUGGCAACUUCUGUUGUUUCCAUGGCCACGCCUCCACCUCCUUCACCUAUACAAACUGCUACGUCACAAAAUAUGGCCAAUGUCCGAAGGCCGCCGCAGCCCACGCCGCCACCUAUAUACCAGGAGACCAUCAAGGACUCUCCUCCUAGCUCACCUGGUUCCGAACGCCCACUGAAACCGAAAAUGGAACAUAAGAUAGGCAUAAGUUGCACAGCACCUCAUAUGUUAGGCAACGAAUUGAAUCCGGACAGUGGCGCCGCCGCCCGGCUUCAGGAGCAGCUGAGCGCUGAGUUGGCAGCACAUGCCGCGGGCUCUAGCGGGGCCGAUCCUCUGGUACCGCCACCGCUCAUCAACAAAGCAGCGCCGGGCACUAGCUCGGGACGCGGCAGUUCAUCGAGCGCUCAAAGCUUGGACCAGCUUCUAGAAAGACAAUGGGAGCAAGGUUCACAGUUUCUCAUGGAACAAGCUCAGCAUUUCGACAUUGCAUCUUUGCUGUCGUGUCUACACCAACUGCGCACUGAGAACGUGCGCCUGGAAGAUCACGUCGGCAAUUUGUUACAAAGACGCGAUCAUUUGUUGGCUGUUAAUGCGCGUCUGGCGAUACCGCUUACUACUGUGACUACUGGACCACCGGAGCCCCCACGAUGCCCUCGUGAGAAUGGUUCGCAGGUGCGCGCGCCACAAACACAAUCGCGCGCCCCUGAAACCAUUACAUCAGACCGACCUCACCAGCUGAUGAUGCGAGAAGUCCAACAAAAGCCCAGCUGAAAGGAGCCGGGCGGCGGGGGCGGGGGCGAGGGCGGUAGCGGUAGCAGUGGCGUGGGCCAGAGCGGGAGUAGCACGGUGAGGCCCGAGCGUGAUCAAGGCCAGCCGUCAACUGUACAAUCUGACGCCGACCCCGCUCUGCGCACCGUGCAAACGUUCAUCAUGAUCGAGCAGCGGCGCCGCCCCGACUUCUCAAUAGACUCCAUACUCAAAUACGACCACUGAACGUACACAUCUCGCCAGUGGCGGACUAACCCCAUUGGGGGGCCCUGGGCGGCAUCACACCCGGACCGACCACCUUCCAAAUGGGGUAGACGCGCUCAAUAUAAAGGCAUAUUAGUACUGUGUAUAUAAUAAAGAUAAUUGUAGCAUAUAAAGGUUAAUGAAACUUAAAAAAAAAACUACGAAAUAAGGCAGUAAAAUGGAUUUUAAUCUUAAAAAAUGUAAAUUACCGCUACAGGCCGUAUGUAUUUGUCUACGGGGCCUCCAACCCCAAUUUAUGAUUUGAUUGAGGGAACUUGCAUCCAUUUGGAGGUCCCCCAGGAGAAGAGGCCCGAGGCGGACCGCCUCCUCCCCACUAGUCCGCCACUGCGCUUCGCCUCAUCAAAGUACACGCCCCGAGGUAUGUACCUACAUUAAAAGCGCGCGUCUAUUUUUAUAGCACUGUGAUUUUUUUCCCGACUAUCAAAAUAUUGAAUCUGUAUAAUAAUGAAAAGACGUUUUCGUGAUAUUUAAAAUUGAUUGUGAACAGAACCAGACAAAGUGAAAUCGUGUUAAGCAAACGACAUAAUCUGUGUUCCAGACUGACGACGUCCGAACGUUUUAAUAUUAGGCACGACGUUUUAAUUAUGAACUGAUAUGGACUAAAGUUGUAUACAUAUCAUUUUAUCCUGGAACGUUAUAUAACAACGACUCUUGUAUUUAUGUGUUUAAUUCCAAAAGUGAAAAUUGUUGUUUGAUUACUCUAAACUAAAAUUAUGUAAAUACAUGUUGAAUGUGGUCCACGUAAUGAGCCAAUGUAGUGAUUGUUCGUAAAAAAUACUUGUUAAACGGUGUGUAUCUUAAAAUUACUAUCACAACCAAACCUUUAAAUUGUUAUUUUAAACAAAAAUAUAUAGAUAUUAGUUUGGAAUAUGAGAAAUUACUUGGAACAUGUUUCGAUACGCACCUACACGAUCAUAUACUGAUCAAUUCAUCUGGUUAUAUGAGAAAGGGCAUAUACAUUUUACAAGUAUACUAUUUACAUACUAAACUGUAGAUUUAUAAGACAAAUUUUACAUAAGUAUUGGUGAAACAUUGAUUGUGAUUUUUCUAAUAUAAUCGUCGUUCAAGGUAGGGUAUAUUACAUGUCAGUGUUUAACAGUAAGUGUUAACGAGGAUCGUCCUAGUGCAGUAUGCUAUAGUGAAGUGAACUUUAACUAGUGUUGUGAAGUUUGUUAUUUGACUGCACGACUAAAGGUUCAUAGUGUUUUUUAUUGUGCUCCUUCCCAAAAAGUAUUACAGUGAAUUGAACAUGGAACUGUGUGAUGUCUAAACAUUUUUUAACAAGCACUGAUUACACACUGGCAUUUUAGAUUCCCAAAAUGUAUAAAAACAUUUGACGUGUCGUAUAAAAUUAAUCUUGCGGACUAAGACCUUCUAGGUCAAUAUUUGUAGAAGCAGAAACUUUUAAAUAUUGACACAUUAUAUAAUCGUCGAACUCGUCUGCAUAUAUACUACUACUACUGAUUGUCAUUAGCAGUCGUCGAAUCCAAUAUAUUAAAACUGUGUAAUCAAAACAAAUGAAAUAUUCUAUUGCAUUUAUAGACAUCUUCAUAAUAUACAUUAUAUAUAAUAUUUAAUCAAAACAAUGAAAUGUUUACUCAAUCAAUUUUAAAAGCGACUUUUUUAAUGUUGGUGUCAAAUAAUGGAAUCAUACUCAAUAAAUAAUAUUUCAAGUUUGAUUACCCAAUAAAAAUAUAAUAAUUAUAGAUGACGCUUUAUACCAAAGGUAGCAAUUUAAUAUAUAAAAAACAGUGCUUCAACAUUAAGAGCUAUUAUAAGAAUAAGCUAACAUACACUUGAGCAAUGUCAGCAAUUUAGUCUUCAUGUAAAAUAUGUUUUAUUUUUAAUAAAUAUAUAUAUAAAAUAAAACGAACCAUUGCAUACACUAUAUAAAAGUAUACAAUAUUAGUAUUUCUUUUUUGCAAUUCUGCCAAAUGAGACACUUUAUGGCCUGCAUAAAUUGUAUUGAAAACUCCAUUCAGUAAAAUUUGUGUGUAAUUAAUUGUUUAUUAACUGGUGGCGUUUUUUGUGUAAUAAAUAAAAUUUCUGUGCUUCGUCAUUAUUGGAUGAUAUUGAUUAGGAGUCUGUGCAGACGAAUGACUUUUGUUUGCGAAUAUCAAUUGUUCAGUUAUAUUUCUGAAAUAGAAAAAGUACUAUAAAGUUUGUUCGACAAAAGUUCGUCAUCUGCGUUCAUUUUAAGUGUUAUGAAAUUGUAUGUAUAAUAUAGAAAUGCACAAAGUUGUUUAAUUUAAGAUAUUAAUAAUAAGUUGACGUUUAAUUUUUAAGGGUAUGAAAUCAUAAACGUAAUUAUGAUAACUUAAAAGAAAAUGGAUAUGUGAAUGUAUGUUUUACAUUUUAUAUGUUGAUGUUGAAUCGGAAUUAUUUGUUUGAUUGAUUGAUAUGGUUUGAUUUCAAUAAAUUUGUCAUCCAUUGACCCACACGGCAAUAAUUUGUGUUGUGCUAGAUAUCGACUAUAUUUAUUAUGAAAUUUUUAACUAUUUGAACUCUGUUCGCAUACCUCUUACAAUUAGAUUUAAAGGUUGUGUGUAUGAGUAUAUUGCAUGUAAAAUAAUUGAAACUUAUACACGUACUCUGUUUACACCAAUAAUGAGAAUAUGAUGUUUGUUAUAUUAAUAAUGCGGACGUUUCCUUUUCAUGUUAAUUUUGAAAUAAUGUGUUGAAAAUAAGUGACUUUAAAUAAUUCAUACAAUUUGUAAAAUGUGAAAGAUAAUAUAGAUAAUGUCUUUUUAUAUAAAAAGUAAAAUCACUUAUGUAUAGGUAGGUAUAUACAUAUUUUUAAUUUGUAUUCUUUAAACUUCAAUCGUUUUCUUUUUUGUUAAAAAAUAGCCCAUUAAAUUUAUUGAAAACGUAUUCAGAUUCUAAUUAGUCUGGUGUACUUUAUUUAAAAAUGUGAACAUGGAAUGAACUGUGAUCAUUAUUAAACCAUAUCUUAAAUUACUACAUAAGGCAUUAUAAAUAUUUAUUUUCAUUAAAUAAUACAUGAAUUUUUGCAGAUAAUUAGAAAUAAGAACGAUAAAAAGAAUUAAAAUACUCAACACUGCUCGAAAAUCAUGUUCACGGAUUAUAUUAUAAAAUCACUAUGGAUAGAUAUUCAAAGAUUCUAUUAAGGAAGUAUGAAUCAACUUCAUAGUUAUUUAUAUUAUAUGUAUAAAAAAUUAACAUUAACUGGAAACGCGAGCACUAACAACAUCUUAAAAUAGUCUAGGUUAAAGUCAAUGUAAACUUGUAAUCGAAGUGAUCUCAGUGUAUUGCUAACUCGUGGUUAAUCAUAAUUUUCAUUGCCUUGCAUUUGACGACUGAAUCUUUUUUUAAUCUUAUUUGAUAUAUCAAUUUGCUCAUUUAUCUCUAUGGCGAGGCAGUGAAAAAUAUUUAUGUGUUUAAAUGGUAUAUAAUCGGGCGUACUUACGCCAGUACUUACUGAAAAUUUUCUAAGAAGUUAAAAAUGUUUCAUAUGGGUGAUUUUCUAGCGAAUGGGCCGUUGAUAGUGUGUUACGAGAUCGCGUCAUCUUAAUUUACUGAGAUUAACAUGGUUUUGGUUUAUGCUCAACUUUUCACAAUCAGUUAAUCGAGUUCGCUA